AGAAGAAGAAGAAGAAGAUGAUAUGUCAGUUCAGGUAACAGUGAAAGUGUUGUAGUUUCUGCACCAACUUGGCUAAAUGGCCUGCUAGCAUAAACACUUAAACACCAACUAAUUGAACCAAAGAGGAGACGACUGUAAUCUACAGAUAUGGGGGCCCUGAUAUCCCGAUGGAGGACCAAGCCAACCACAGUCGAGCAGCUGGAGAACAUUGACAAGGAGAUUAAAGAGCUGGAGGAGUUCAGAGCCAAAAACCAUCGUCUGCAAAAGCUGUGGGUCGGCCGGUUGCUCUUCUACUCGUCAGUCCUGUACCUGAUGACCUCGCUGGUCGUGUACUGGCUCUACCUACCUGAACAAUGGUUCCAGAGAAUAGCCAUGGCCCUGCCUUUCUUCAUCUACCCCGUGCUGGUGUGGCUCAUCAGGAAGUUGUUGGUCUUUCUCUUUUCCAAACGCACGGAGAGAAACAAUGAUAAAUUGGAAGAUUUGAAGGUUUCCAAAAAAAAGAUUCUGGAGGAAGUGAUGGAAACGGAGACGUACAAAAACGCUAAACUCAUCCUGGAACGCUUUGAUCCCGACGCUAAGAAGAAAGCUGAGCUGGAGUCGACUCCGCUGCGUCCUCAGAUGACUCCCAGGCCAGGACAAGAGAUCCGACAGAGAGGGAUGCCAAUGAGACCCAUGCCGAUGGGCACCCUGGGUGCAAUGGCAAUGACUCCCCCACCUGGAGCGCGGCUCAUGUUGGGACCAGGGGGCACACCUGUGGCUCCAGGAGGACCGCCGGAGAGAUCUGCUCUGUCUGCCUCUGUCCUCCAGGGGGCAAUACCCAGGACCCCCUGCUCUCCUAUACCAGGAGUAGGCAUGCACCCACCGGGUCCUCCAUUAGCAAGACCCAUCCUGUCCAAAGACCGGGGAGCCGUGGACCGAGUCAUUGAAUACCUGGUCGGUGACGGACCACAGAACAGAUACGCUUUGGUCUGCCAGCAGUGUUUUUCUCAUAACGGCAUGGCUCUGAAAGAAGAGUUUGAAUAUCUCGCCUUCCGCUGUGCGUACUGCUAUUUCCUGAAUCCGGCCAGGAAGACCCGCCCUCAGGCUCCCAGGCUUCCAGAGUUCAGCUACGAGAGGAGGCUGCGAGCAGAAUCGCGUUCCCCUGGACCAACGCCUCGUUCUGGGACAGACACAGAGGAGAGUGCGCCCCCCUCUGGAGCCAAGGGUCCGGCUCCGUGGAAUUUGGUCCACAGUUUCCGGAUCCAGCAGAGUCCAAAGACCCCUCAGAACCGACCUCUGCAGAGUCCAGAUGAGAGAGAGUUGGGGGAAGACGAAGGACCCACUAAAGAAGUAGAGAGUGAGAGCCAGUCGGAGGAGAAGGAGGAGAAGGAGGAGGAGCAGCAGCAGCAGCAGCAGGAGCAGCAGGAGGAGGAGGAAGUGGUUCAGGAGGAGGAAGAGGUGGAAUCAGAGCAGAGUCACAGCGCCCCCCCUGAGACCGAGUCUCAGCCUUCGUAGUUGCAGAGAGUCCAGAAGAGGACCGGGGACGUCUGCUCAUCCCGUCCAAACAACAGGUGUUGGUUCUGGCCAUGAUAGACAGGUGGCAUUUUAAUGCAACAUAGGCGGACAAGCAUCAACAGUUUAAUUCUAUUGUUCUUCCUUGCAACCAAAAACUACAUCAGUCUCACUUGUUUCAGUUUGCUUUUAUUUGGGGGUGGGGGGGUCUAAAGUCGACGGUUUGUUUUUCACCGUCAUGCUAAGAACACGGAGAUUCUGAGGAUGUGCUCAGAAAAUGGUGUGUUCUAAAUUAAUUAAUGAAUCAUUAAUUAUACUACAACUGUCCAACGAUAUUGCCUAAAAUGACGCCAACAUAUGACGACCUGACAGUUGGAUCGGUUCACGGGAAGGUGUCAGAUCGAUGAUUGUAGUUUGAAUCCUAGAGCUGUCUCUCGAUAGAGCAGCUGGCUGCUUGCACUGCUCUGUAUGUGGUGACUAACCUAGUUCAUUUUCCAGUAUUCUAUCCUUUAAGGGUUCUUUAGGUUUGACGUAGGCGGUCGGCUGCUGUUUGAUUUGUUAAUGAGGAGUUGUGAUUUUAGGUAGAACUGCUGGUUGCAGCACAAACGUGUUUAAAUCUUAAUUCCUGCAUCAUUUCGCUGACCCCUCAGUGUGGCGUUUGUAUAUUUAGCUGAAUAUCACAGGUUAUUAUUACGACGCAAAUUCAAGUAUGGAACAUAGAUGUUGUUUAUUGUCUUGUUGGGUUGUGAGAAACACAUGAAAUCAAACAAAAAGCACCUUAAGACACUCCUGUUGUGAAUCAGGACCUCGAGGUUUCAAGGUACUGCUUUAGUUUUUCUUCAUCUCGUCUUUUAAUCCCCCAUACGAGCUCGUCUGCUGCUCUCAGAUCAGCAGCUGAAUCGAUGAUGCUCAGAGAGCAGCUGCUGCAUGUCUCUACAUUGAUGCCUUUGUUGCCUCUUUUCUGGUUAGAAAGUUAGAUGCAGUCUAACUUUUUCAUUGGCCAACUUUUAUCAGCUGCAAAUUAUCUUAACUUAUGUUAAAACUUCCCACUUUAGACGGUGUGCAGCACUCAAACACUGAACUCUGAUAACUCAGAACGUGCGUUUUUAGCAGAGCAGCAUGUUUUAUUGUGUUUUAAACUCUGCUGCUUUAUCUGCGCUCUUAUGUCUUAUCAUUUCUCUUCACCAACAGUUCAUUUACAGCACAGGAGAAGUGAACCUCCUCAGUUAGAUGUAGUCUCGUUAAAGCGGGCCGUGUCAACCCAAGCUACUUUAGCAUCGUGAGUUCAUCGUCAGUGUUGAUGAACGAAGCUGUUAGUGAAGGAGUCUCUGAACAAACCGACUGGAGCUAAUCUUUCUGGUUAUUGCCAACCUCAGUCCUCCGUGGGAUUAUUAUAAACUAUCAUUUGCCAAAUGCACUGUUUUACCUGUAUGUCCUGAAGUCACUUGCACUGAGUUUCUUUCUAUUUAUUUGGCUGUAUUGUGUUUUAAUCUUUUGAAGUAUUGCUGCACUGUUUGGUUUUAAACAUUUAGACGAGGAAUCACUAUUUAGAAGUGUCGGCCUGGUUGGUGCUCGGUAGGAUUUUGAUAAUUCUUUUUGAUGUUUUCUUCUUGUUGCUUUAAAUGUGUGCACUCGCACUCACAGACAGUAACUCGCUCUGUUGUUUUCAUGAGUUAACCGUGUGUUCUGCACGAUGUCGAGCUGCUGCAGCAACAUAAGAAUUAAGGAGGGUCAUUGGCCGGCACCAGCACGACGUGGUUUUGACAACAAGUUCUUCUUUUGUUAUUAAAUAGAACCGGAAUAAAUGAGUGUCUAUGCAAAUGAAAAUAUGUGGUGUCACCUGCGUUGUACAGGUCUGGAACUAGAAACACACACAGCCUAAAUAUGCUGAAAGAGGUACACCAACACAUUAUAUUCUUUUUAAUAUGUAUUUUUAAUGUUUAAUUUAGGAUUUUUGUGUGUGUGUGUGUGUGUGUGUUUCUAGUUAGUUGUUGAACUCCUCAAACUCACGACCCAGAACAAUUUGAGCUCCUCGUUUGAAUCAGAACAUCACAGCUAAAGUGCUUUUGGACAAAAGGUUUGUUGAAUGUUGAAGAGAAUCCAUGUGAUGAAUUUCAAGACUCCACACCGUGACCACAUGUUGAUCUUUGAUGGUACAAGAAGUGUUUACAAGCUUUUUUGUAUCCCUGCUGUUGAUGAAAACAUGGUGAACGUUCUACAUCCGGAGCUGUCGCUUAUAUUUAAAAGCGUCUCAGAUUCUGCUUUGUCUCUCACACAGAAUCUCUUCUUACCCGUUUACUUUGCAUUUGUAGUUUAGUUUUGCUCUGCUAGAUUUAUCGGUUACCUUUCUGCCAACGCUGGUUGUCAUUACGUGAGCGCAUGGCACGCCUAAUAAAGUUUUUCAACAACA